AUGCCUCCGAGGCCAGAAAACAACCAUAAUCGGUUUGAUAACCUCAGAGACUAUAAUUUGAAGCCCCAAGUGGAGUCGCAAACCUGGGACUCUCAGGUGACUCUGGUUGAAGAUGCGCCCAGUGCGCCGACUGCCAGUCGACGUCUUCCGACCCAUCGCCAGGCAGCCACAAGGGCGAAGGUGUCAAUCACAAGUCAUUUUGAGCCGGGCGGUGCGCUGCACUCACAGACAACAGAGACACAGUGGAUGGAUGGCAUCAGCUCCACGUCGAACCGGGCUUCAUCUCCAGAUGGUGCUCACGAGAACAAUAAAAAGACAGCCAAUGUACAGGAAGAGGAAGAAGAUGAAGAUCAAGUGUCCGUGCAUCAGGAUAGCGAUGACCGCGAGUCCACGCCCGAUGGUGAUUAUAUAUCUACGAUCCACACCCAUUUGGCCACGAAUAACUGGGGUAUAGACAUCAAGCUCGAGAACUUGGAUCUCCUUGAAGCUCGACUCAAUGAUGCGCUGGCCGAGUCUGCGUAUCAUCGCAUGCGUGCAGCUGCACUGAGUUUCCAGGUACAGCAACUCACCCGUGCUCUGCGCACUGCACGUAAUACAUUGGGACGUGCCCCGAGUGUCUCCGAUGAGGAUGCACGGGAAGGACAUUCUGGUGAUGGAGAUGCGGAGGAUGCAUCGGGCUCGGAGAUACCCCUCAAACGUAGCAGGAAAUGUAUGUAA